AUGACCAUUACCAAGAUUCUCGUCAUUGGGGGUACGGGUGCGCAGGGCCGGCCGGUUAUAGAAGGCUUAACGCGCAAUGGCAAAUACCAAUGCUGCGUCCUCACAAGAGUGCUCGACAGCGGACCUGCUAAACAUUUGGCAACACUUCCGGGCGUGGAACUGGUCAAGGGGUCAUUUACCGAUGAGAAACUGCUCCGCAGCCUCUACAGUCAAUGUGAUGGUGCUUUUAUAAACAUUGACGGCUUCAACGUUGGUGAAAAGGGAGAAACAUUCUGGGCUAUCAGAGCAUUCGAAAUUGCGCUUGAAGUUCAAACCAUCAAGUUCUUUGUCUACGGCAACCUGGACUAUGUUUACAAAAAGUCUGGAUACCGACCUGAGUUUCGUACCGGCCAUUAUGAUGGCAAGGGAAGGAUUGGGGACUGGAUUCUCUCUCACAGCCCAAGUCUCAAAACAUUCAAUUCCCAGGACACUAUGAAGAUUGCGCUCUUCACCACUGGACCUUAUAUCGACAUGAUGCUGUCACCAGGCACCGUCAUCACACCCGUUAUCGAAACAGAGGAGGGCGGAGAGGCCAUAGUUACAUGGAGAGCACCGCUUGGCGACGGUGCAUGUCCCCAUGUCGCGCUGGAUGAUUGUGGACACUAUGCGCUGUGGCUUUUUGACAACUACAAAGAAGCCGACGGAAUGAACCUUGAAGUAUCCAUGUCUCAUAUUCGCUACGAGGAAUUUGCCACAGCUUUUACCAAGGUAACAGGUCGGAAGGCCAGAUUCAUUGAUGUGGACUUGGACACGUGGUGGGAAGAGGGUCCCUUCAAGGGUCGCCAAGAAUUACCGGCAGGUUAUGGUACUGAUGCCUCCGAUCCAGCAACCAUGACCUUUAAACAAAACUUUAGUGGUUUCUGGACCUCCUGGCAGCAUUCUGGGGGAAACGUGGGAGUUAUCAAGCGCGAUUACGCAAUACUGGACAAAAUUCAUCCCAACCGAAUCCGUACCGUUGAGGAGUGGUUUCGGCUGCAGGAUAAAAAAAGUCGAGCAGCUGGAACCGGCUCUCUGUGGGAUCGUAUCCAGCCGGCGGCGUUGGAGCCUCUUCUCAAACUCCAAACCGAUCAAUGGAAAAGUCCAGUCUAA